AUGGAGGCCUCUACACAGGCCACCGAGUUAAGACAAUAUUGCCCCUUAUGCUGCCCUCUCUCACGUCCCUUCCCUCUCUCACUAUCUUCGCGCUCUUCUCUCCUUUCCCCAACUCCCCACAGAAGAGAAAUCAAGGCAAUCCAGAUUGGUGUCAAUGACCUUCGAAAUAGUGUGAUGCAUAGUAAUUGUGUUAGAGCAGAUUUAUGGUGUUCAAAGUUGACAUUUGUAGGGUUAAAUAAAUACGACACUAAGGCUCGAUAUGAACAGAAUCUUCGGUACAAGAAUCCAGUUUGUGAUACAUUUAUGAAGUUUUCAAAUUCAUCAACUAGCAUGAUUGAGGAAUUGACAGAAGAGAAAGAGCGGAGUACUUCACAUUCUUAUGAAAUGCAAGUUAGAAAAGUGGGUGUAGCUCCUUGUAAUCCUGAACUUUCUACAACUGCUGAUAGCAUGUUGGUGCAAAUGACAGAAGAGGAAGCGAGGAAUUCUUCGCAUUCCUAUGAAACACAAGUUACGAAAGUGGGUGUGGCUCUUUGUAAUCCUGAUCUUUCCACAACCGCUACUAAAAGGAAAUUGUCUUGUGGUGAUAAAAGAGGAUGGGCUAUGGCAAAAAAUAAGUUAGCUGAAGAUAGGAAGGAAAUGAACAGCGCAAACAAAUUUGAGACGAAAAGUGAUGACUCUCAAUUAUCUAAUAAAUUAGCGUCCGUUAGUCGGAUACAAGGUUUUUCUACGGAGGAAGUUAGCAAUCUUGUAUGGCAGAACCCUGGUGAACAUGUCCAAUCUUCAGUUAAAUAUUCUGUAUUAGACAAUUUAAAGACGCUUACAGAUUCUGAAACUAUGGUCCAUCAGUUUAAUGAAUCUGCAUUGGAGAUCAGUCAAGAGAAAAUUCCUAGAGUUAAUGUUAACGACGUUUUGGAGGAAACUACAAAGGGUUCAACUGAUGCAACAUUUGCUAAUACAAAGGAUUCAACUGAUGCAACAUUUGCCAAAAAGAAAACUACAAAGGAUUCAACUGAUGCAACAUUUGCCAAAAAGAAAACUACAAAGGAUUCAACUGUUGCAACAUUUGCCAAAAAGAAAACUACAAAGGAUUCAACUGAUGCAACAUUUGCUAAAAAGAAAACUACAAAGGAUUCAACUGAUGCAACAUUUGCUAAAGAGGAAACUACAAAGGAUUCAACUGAUGCAACAUUUGCUAAAAAGGAGCGCUGUGCUGACCAGUUAAAACUUCAUGACAGACUCUGUCGUAUCUAUGAAGAUGUUCUGGUGGUUGAUAAUAUUCCUCUUGCAAAAGAGGUUGUUAAGAUGCUCACAGUAAAGUACCGCCAUCUUAUUUAUGCAUGUGAUACCGAGGUAGCCAAGAUAGAUGUCAAACAAGAAACGCCUGUAGAUCAUGGGGAGAUAACUUGCUUCAGCAUUUAUGGCGGUCCAGAAGCUGAUUUUGGAGGUGGAAAAUCUUGUAUCUGGGUAGAUGUUCUUGAUGGUGGAGGCAAUGAAAUUUUAGAAAAAUUUGCUGAUUUUUUUAGCAAUCCUUCCAUCAAGAAGGUUUGGCAUAAUUAUAGCUUUGACUGUCAUGUUAUAGAGAACUACGGAUUCAAAGUUUCUGGUUUUCAUGCUGAUACAAUGCACAUGGCACGGUUAUGGGAUUCUUCAAGACAACUAAAUGGGGGCUAUUCUCUUGAAAAACUAUCAGGUGACAAAAAGGUCAUGUCAAGGGCUCAGAUGAACCAUGAAAAGGAUUUGAUCGGGAAGGUGUCAAUGAAAACUAUAUUUAGUAAGAAAAAGGUGAAAAAAGACGGAACUGAGGGUAAAGCUAUUAUCUUCACUCCUGUUGAAGAUCUACAGAGAGAUGAGCGUAUACCUUGGAUAUGUUAUUCUGCCUUAGAUGCUAAAAGCACUUUGAAUCUGUAUGAGAGUCUUAAAAGCUAUCUUUUAGACAUGCCGUGGAAAUUUGACGGUAUACUAGUUUCUGGGAAAACCAUGUAUGAUUUCUACAAUGAAUAUUGGCGCCCAUUUGGGGAGAUUCUAGUCCAAAUGGAAGCUGAGGGAAUGCUAGUUGAUCGGUCAUAUCUUGCAGGCAUAGAAAAGGUUGCCAAAGUAGAGCAAGAAAUAGCUGAAGAUAGAUUCCGGAAAUGGGCGUGUAGGUAUUGUCCUGAUGCCAGGCAUAUGAAUAUCGGAAGCGAAAUACAGCUGCGCCAAUUGCUUUUUGGUGGUACUGUGAACAGAAAAAACUCCAGUCUAUCACUUCCAACUGAACGAGUAUUCAAAAUUCCCAAUGUUGAUGGAGUGAUUGAAGAAGGCAAGAAGGCUCCCAAAAAAUUCCGCGAUAUGAAGGUGAAAAGCCUAGGUUAUAACUUGAAGACAGAGAUGUACACAGCAAGUGGUUGGCCGUCAAUUAGUGGUGAUGCUUUAAAGGUCCUGGCUGGAAACAUUUCUUCUGAUUUUGACUUUACUGAUGAGGUUUAUAACUUGGAUCUUGAUGAUGAACAUGAAAAUCCUUCUCAAAAUCAUAUUGAGGUUCCAAAAGGUGAUAAUUCUGCAUAUGGAACAGCCUUUGCUGCUUUUCCAACAGAGAAAGAAGGGAGAGAAGCUUGCCAUGCCAUUGCUUCUUUAUGUGAAGUCAGUUCAAUCAAAUCUUUGAUUUCAAACUUCAUUCUACCCCUGCAGGGACAUAAUAUAUCAGGAAAGGAUAACCGUGUUCAUUGCUCCUUAAAUAUCAACACGGAGACAGGGCGUUUGUCAGCUAGAAGGCCAAAUCUGCAGAAUCAACCUGCUUUGGAAAAAGACCGAUACAAAAUCCGUCAAGCAUUCAUCGCUGCACCAGGGAAUUCUCUAAUAGUUGCUGAUUAUGGACAGCUGGAACUUAGGAUUCUCGCACAUCUUGCCAACUGUAAGAGCAUGAUGGAUGCUUUUAAAGCCGGUGGAGAUUUCCAUUCAAGGACUGCUAUGAACAUGUACCCAUAUAUUCGUGAAGCAGUUGAGAAAAAGGAAGUGCUUCUCGAGUGGGAUCCUCAACCUGGUGAAGAUAAGCCCCCAGUCCCUCUAUUGAAGGACGCGUUUGGUUCUGAAAGAAGAAAAGCUAAAAUGCUUAAUUUCUCAAUUGCAUAUGGGAAGACUCCAGUGGGGCUAUCUAAGGAUUGGAAGGUUUCUGUGAAAGAAGCUAAGAAGACAGUUGACCUUUGGUACAACGAUAGGAAAGAAGUUUUGCAAUGGCAAGAAGAGCGUAAAAAAGAAGCUCGUCAAUUUUAUUGUGUCUACACAUUGCUAGGGCGAGCCCGGAAAUUCCCUUUGAUGGCCCAAGCUAAUACCUAUCAGAAAGGUCACAUUGAGCGUGCUGCUAUUAAUACUCCAGUGCAGGGUAGUGCUGCUGAUGUCGCCAUGUGUGCCAUGAUACAAAUUUCCAAUAAUAAAAAGUUGAAGGAGCUUGGAUGGAAGUUACUUCUACAGGUUCAUGAUGAAGUCAUAUUAGAAGGACCAACAGAGUCGGCUGAGAUUGCGAAAUCUAUAGUUGUUGAGUGCAUGUCCAAACCCUUUUACGGCAAGAAUAUUCUUAAAGUCGAUCUCUCUGUUGAUGCCAAAUGUGCUCAAAAUUGGUACUCGGCAAAAUAG